UUCAACCGUGUAUUCUGCCGUGAAGCUGUUGAGUAUAAAACAAAGUCGCGUCUUUUAAUAACUGAGUUCAAUUAAAACUAAGAAUUUCAUCAAAAAAUUUAUACACAAAUAAACCAAAAUGGUUGAAGCUAACGGAGUACAACUCACCGAACAUGAAGCUGAACUGUAUGAUCGCCAAAUUCGUCUUUGGGGGCUUGAUUCUCAAAAAAGAUUACGGGCAGCUCGUAUUCUAAUUGCUGGUGUUAAUGGGCUUGGAGCAGAAAUUGCUAAGAACAUUGUUCUGUCCGGUGUUAAAUCAGUCACACUACUCGAUAGCAAAGUUGUGGAUGAAUCCGAUUUUUGUUCUCAAUUUUUGGCACCACAUUCAUCAUUAGGAAAAAACCGGGCGGAAGCUUCAUUGCAUAGAGCUCAGGAACUCAACCCAAUGGUCGAGCUAAAAGCUGAUACAGAAGAGUUGUCUCAGAAAUCAGACGAGUACUUCAAAGAUUUUGAUGUGGUGUGCAUCAUUGGAGCUUCAACAGAAGAUUUGCUACGUAUUGAUAAAGUUUGUCGUGAAGCCGACGUUAAAUUUUUUGCGACUGAUUUAUGGGGAAUGUUUGGUUAUAGUUUUGCAGAUCUUCAGAAGCAUAACUUCGUCGAAGAUGUCGUUAAGCACAAAAUCAUUUCGAAGCCCCACGAAAAGACUAAAACAGAGCUAGUAACAUCGACUGUGAAGCGUUCAUUGAAUUAUCCAGCCUAUCAAGCGCUUCUGGACUUCGAUUUCAAGGCACAAUCAUAUGCUCGCAAAUUGAAACGUUCCGGGCCAUCGUUGCCUCUUCUCCGUGUUCUGCAGAAAUUCCGCGAUAACGAGAAAAGAGAUCCAUUGUAUAGCGAGCGGACUGCCGAUUUGGUAAAACUGCUGGUGAUUCGAGAUGAAAUUGCACUCGACUUAGUUCCGGAUGCGGCCUUCACUCAUGUGUUUGCGCAGAUCUCACCGGCAGCCGCCAUUGUGGGCGGAGCAGUGGCUCAUGAGAUUAUCAAAACUGUAUCCCAGAAGGAGGCACCACAUCACAACGUGUUUCUGUUUGAUCCGGAAAGCUGCUGCGGAUUUAUCGAAUCGAUUGGAGUAGAUGCUUAAGCAAUAGAUGAAGCCAGGCCUGGCAAGGCAGUAUUAUAAGCAGCAGAGCUAAUUUUCUCAAUAAACAAUGAUAACCAGCACAGAA